AAGGUGCUCGAAAUGGACUUUUCAUAGCUUAAAAUGUCAUCUCUCCCUCGAUAGAUGUCUAUCCUUGUGAAUGCGUACAAGGUCGUGUGUUGAAGAGAUGUGGCUGGUGACAGACUGUCGGUAUCAGAUGUGCACAGUGCCUUAUUGAUGAAGUUCUGACCAUGAAGGGAGAAUCUCAGGGGUCCCGUGUCUUUUACAGUUGGACAUCCUCCUGCAUCUCAUGUAGUGCCACAGAAGUGGAGAGUCUUUCAUAAACAUUUAAUCAUAGUUGCCAGUUUUAGGCGGCACAGUUUCCAGCCUCUUUCGGUGCCAUUGGCUUAUCCUUGAAAGCCAAGGUGUACAUUGAAGGAGGGCAGGGCCAUGACUUACUGUCCUCUGUUCAUGAAAGUCUUUUUUUUUCAGUUUCAGAUGCACCAUCUGUUUCCCAGUGUGUUCCAGUUUUCAACAGACUCUUAAAGUGUUGCAUUGAGCAGCACAAUUUGACAGUGUCGUCCAACGCUGUGGACUUCAUGGUGUGCAAGAAGAUACCUGUGAACUUUGUCCUGCUCAGGAACUUAAUUGACAGAUUGGGAAGACAGUCUUUGUGGGUGAAGGCAAGAUCCCUAUACAAAUGUGCGCUGCAUCUGGGCUGCUACCCCCCUGUCAAAGAAAACACGUACUGCAGGCUUCUCUCCGUUCCCUGCUCCCUGACCGAGAUCGAGAUGACACUGGCCUUUGAAAUGUUCAUGGUUUCAAAUGCAAACAGCAUUCAGAAUCCAAGUACUUGUACACACGCUCUACAGAUUGUACUGAAAAGUCGUUUUCUCCCCAGGAAAGAGGAAGAUGGGUCGAUCAGUGAAUGUGACUACCAUGCAGCUGUGAGCAGACUCGUGUCGGCUGCCCAGAUCACCAGGCCGAAGCUGGUGAUUAAAUAUGCCACCGUCAACGUCUGCGGAGAGCAGGUGUUCACGCUGGACCCUCUGUCGGCUCUGAAGUGGCUGAGCCAGAACAUGGAGUGGGCUGGGAAGGCCUGGCUGGUUUCCUGACGUCUUCAAGGAGCCCGUCAAAGAAGAGCUGCAACGUUGUACAUUAAUCAUUAAUGUAUGGUGCACAAUAAAGAUGAAGAUAGGUUUUUCAGAUCA